CUCUUUGCUUUCCUGGGCUUCCUGACCAGCGCCCUGUGGAUCAACGCAGCUGCCACGGAGGUGGUGAACAUCUUACGGUCCCUGGGUGUGGUCUUCCGGCUGAGCAACACUGUCCUCGGGCUCACGCUGCUGGCCUGGGGGAACAGCAUUGGAGAUGUCUUCUCAGAUUUCACGCUGGCCCGCCAGGGCUACCCGCGGAUGGCGUUCUCGGCCUGUUUUGGUGGCAUCAUCUUCAAUAUCCUGGUGGGCGUGGGGCUGGGCUGCCUGCUCCAGAUCUCCAGGGGCCACGUGGAGGUGGAGCUGGAGCCGGAUGGACUGUUGGUGUGGGUCUUGGCUGGCACCCUAGGCCUCAGCCUCGUCUUUUCCCUGGUCUCAGUCCCACUGCAAUGCUUCCAGCUGAACAGAGUUUACGGCUGCUGCCUGCUCCUCUUGUACUUGACUUUCCUCCUGGUGGCCCUGCUCACUGAAUUUGGAGUGAUUCACUUGAAAACUGUGUGAGUGAAGCUGCGUCGGGGUCCGCCUGGUGGUCGGGAGGUGUCGCUGCAGGCGGUGAGAUGGAGGAUGAAGUGCCUUCGUUAGAACCCGCUCAGGCGAGCGUGGCCGAGGCCGAGACCAUCCAUGAACGGGGUGUGGGCUCGUGGGACUGUGCUCUCUGCCGAAGCUCCCCAGUCGCCGCUGUGUGCAGUAAGGGCAGCUAAACCUUGUUUCUGGGGCUGCGGAGGCUGGGCUUCCCUGUGGACAGAGUUCCAGGCAGCAGGUAGAAGACAUCCUUGCGUUAUCUCCAGAGCCUCUUGAAAGUUGGGGUCUGGGGCGAAGGGGAUGCCCGGGUGCCUUCCAGGCUGGAAGACCCCAAAGAGUUCAGGGCUGGAGAGAGUUGUGGAGGCCCAGGCCCCUCCCCAAAGUCACGCCCUGUUGCCUUCCUGCUGCUUCUCUCAGGGCUGCCAAACCCGGGUUUAGGGAGUCACGGUGACUCGGACCUGGCAGAUAGAACAGCUUGUGUGCUGUGGGUCUCAGGCCGAUGCGGGCUGAGUUCUAGAGCUGCGCUGUCCAACAGAAAUAAAAUGUGAGACACGUACCUAAUUUUGAAUCUUCUAGUCGCCACGUUAAUAAAGCCAAAAGAAAAAGGUGAAAUUAAUGAUAAUAUAUAUCACUCCAAAAUGGCAGCCAGUGGCACUGGCCCAUUAGUGGCUGCCAUAUUGGACGGCACAGCUCUAGACUCUGCCUCUAGAACGGUCUGCUGGCUUCGGAAGUUUCCCAGCUGCAAAACAGGAGUCAGUUUGACUGUGCCCUGUGCCUACCUCAGGGGGAGCCCCGGGCUGGGGUUCCUUUGCCUGCGGGCUCCUGGGAGGGUGAUGAGCGCUCCCGGGCGCCUUCCUGCUGUCAGCCAGUGACCCGCCUUUUCAAUAAGCAGCUCUUUCGUUUGCUCGAUGCCUUACGCCGGCAGUAAAGGGACUCAGCUGUUUUUUUUUCCAAUGAAAGAAUUAUUAAAUAUUUCAAGUAUACAGAAAAUAACAUACACCCAGCUGUUACUAGUUCUUCUUAACCUGGGUCAGGUUGACAAGUGGUCGGUUCCAGGGAAGGCUCUUGGGCCUGACGGAUCUGGACUUGGUGGCAUGUCUAGGGGUGGGGCUGAGGUAGGGUCAGGAACGGGCAUGGAUGGGUCCUCUCCCUGUUCCCCACGAUCUCAGAAGCCACCGAAUGCUGCCUGGUGGAAGUCACGAGGCAGCAGCCACGUGUACAAAGCAGAGGCUCUUUUAUUAAUAUGCCAGAAAUCCGGAGACGCGGUGGGUUUUCUAGGUAACAAAUCGCCAUCGUACAAAAACCUGACAGCGUCGCUCCCUCUGUCUGUACAAGAUGAUUGUCACGUGGUGUGGAGUAAGGCUGGGUUGGAGGAGAGAAGCAAGGAGGAGGGGCCAGAUGGUGUCCCCCCGAAAGCGGGGCAGGGGCCCGGGGCCAUCACAGACACUGACGGGUGGUGUGACCCAGACCCAGUCGGUGCAUCUCACCUUGGUGGUGUUCAGCUGACGUGGGAGGUGAGAGGGCAUACGAGCUGGAGCUCCUGGGUCCCCAGAGCUCACAGCCCUGGGUGACACCUGCUCCCUGCUCGAUGGCCUGUGUGCAAGUUGGAGGGUCAACUUGAGGAGGCCCCCAGUGACCCCGAAGGGGCAGCUGUCCUUAGCCUCAGUAACGAGGGUGCCCGCCAGUGGCUGGAAUCUGGUGCAUGCAUCAGCGCUGUUGCCACUUGGCCUUCAUCCCGUCCCCGGCUAAAGCCAGGGCCUCUCACAGGAUGGGGUUGGGAGGCCUGGACUAGAUCGCACUCUUCCUGGUACCAGCCUUCACCCUGGGGGCUGGGGGCCUGCGCUCAGUUUCCCUGGCGCCCCUCCCCAGGUUUCAGCCUCCUGGGGGCAGAUGCUGAGGUCGGGGGACUCACGCCCUCCUCUGAAAGCCGCCCCUUGACUGCUGCUUCCAGAAUGCCCGUUUCAAUACACAAAAGCUAAAAGGCACCCAAAUGUGCAAACAAAGUUCCUUCUCCGGAGAGGGGAAGGGGUUCUGGCCUGGGGCUUGGUGUCGAGCUGCCUGCGACGGCCCGUGGCCCUCCAGAGAUAAAAGAGGACAACGUCCGUCUCCCGAUUCCCUUGGGGAAUCUCAGUGGUUCUCAGUGAUUCGCUGUUUCCCUAAAGGGCUGUGCUUUAAAAACAGAAACAUCCACCACUUCUCCCCUAGUGAGGGGCAGAGCUGUGUGGUGCUGGCCAUGGGACCAGCCCGUCCAAGGCCGCAGUCGAGAAGACUUGGCCGUGGAGACGGGGCACCGCACCCCGGGAUCAGGCCCUGCCCGGCUGGGAAGAGGAUGUGGCGAGGGGGGAGUUUGCCCACCCGCCUCCCUAAGUCACGGAGGCAGUGGAGGCAGCUGGAAAAAGGGGGUUGGGGCAGGAUGCCCAGUGCGGGCCGCUUCCCCUGCCCGCCCCGCCCCUUUCACCCCUGCUUCUGCCGCCUCUGCUGCCUGCGCUGAGAUAGGCUCACAGCCCAGGAGAGCCGAGCCGACAGCCUGCUAUGGGUUCACGCCCCGACUGCAUCCUGAUCUCAGAGAACUCUCCCAAGGUCCCUGGGGAACUCAGGAAACUGACAGGCCACCUGAACCUACUCCCGGAGUGGAAACCUUGGGGUGAGCCGCGUCCCCAGCCCUACCUCAGUCAGGUCCACGGAGGGCAACUGCUCAAGGUGAGGGGAGAGCUGGCCAAGGAGACCACGGGUUCAGCCACAGGGCAGCCGUGGACAGCCUGAGGUGAGCCUCUGUGCUCUUUGUUCCCACUUGCAGCAAAUGCACACACGUGAAGGAUCUGCUGUUGUCUUUAGCAGAAUCCUGAAUUAACCAAAAUGUCUUUCUGCUUAAACAGGACAAUCCCAAAGAAAAGGGAUUUAAGGAGAAAGCCCAUUUCAGGAUCUGGUCUGGGGUGGUAGCCAUCGGCCUGGCCUCUUGCCCGUCUUCCUCCUCCUACUGGGCUGUGAUUCCAAAGGCCAUUUGAGAAGGAUUUUCAGCAACAAGGAUUGAAACCAAAAGAAGGGUAGGUGAGAAGGCUCACGGAGCCGGGAUACGGCCUCUCUUGCCUCCUGGCACUGGCUGAGAUCUGACCACACGGAAUAACCACAGCCCUGGAUCACUCGUUCCAGCAGGUGCGGGGUACUGGUCCCCCAAGGGAACGCCCAAUUUCAUUAUCAUAUCGAGAGACAUACCAACCCAAGGAUGUGGGUUCUUUCCUUCCUAAGUGGUUUUGUCCCUAAAGCAGAACACAGAAACCCCAGGAUGUGGGCCGCAGGGCAGGUUAGUGGGGAAGCUAGCUGUCAGCCUGGGUGGGAUUCUGAAAGCAGCAUCAGGAAGACGGUGUGGAUCUGGCCUAGGGACGCAGGCCCACGUUGAAGGCAAGCCCUGCAGAGAUCGGCAGAAUCCAUUCAAGUGCUCUUGUGCAGGGGCCUUCUGGAGCUUUCCAUGUUAAGAAGAGCUCCUAGUGGCCUGAUCUUCCCAAAAUGAAAUUGACUUCUGGGGUUAACAGGG